UUUGGCACAACCUCGUCCGCUCAUACCUGUGUCUGGCGUAAGAUGCAUGAGUAAUUCUGCUGUGGCAGUUUUGUGGUCGUGGUGCGCGCCGCCGAUUGCGGAGAACGAAGACUGCUAUGUCGCUUGUCGAUACUUACUCGUGUCAUGCUGCUGCUGGGUCAAGUACCUAGACGUAUCCUAUUGUAGUACCCGACAGGUCUUUGGGUACCUUCCUGACACGUCGUUGUUUUACCUGCCUACCGGGUACUUAACUGAACCCCGUGACGUCUUGUACAUUCUCUCGUCUCUCAUCCUUUCAUCUUUCCUUGGCCGUUCAAUUAAACAUGGCUAUCCCUAUUCUCGAGAACAGAGAUGCCAUCGCUGAUAGACCAAAGGUCUUGAUCCCCGAGAAGGUCUCACCAGAUGGACUUGCAUUACUCCAGGCCACUUGUGAAGUCCACGAGAAGAAAGGGCUAUCACCAGAGCAGCUUCUCGAUAUCAUUGGCGAGUAUCAGGCUCUCAUUGUACGUUCUGAGACCAAAGUUACGGCUCAGGUCCUGGUAGCUGGUAAGAAGCUCAAAGUGGUUGCAAGGGCAGGUGUUGGUGUGGAUAAUGUCGACGUGAAAGCUGCAACUACGCAGGGGAUUAUUGUCGUGAACUCGCCGUCGGGAAACAUAAAUGCUGCUGCAGAACACACGAUAGCUUUGAUGAUGGCCGUUGCUCGAAAUAUCGGUGAUGCAUCAGCGAGCAUAAAGAACGGGAAGUGGGAGAGAAGUCGGUUGACAGGCGUGGAAGCCAAAGGGAAAACGUUAGGAAUUAUCGGUCUAGGCAAAGUUGGUCUCACUGUUGCUCGUAUUGCCAAUGGCAUAGGUAUGUCUCUAAUGGCGUACGAUCCAUAUGCGAAUACUUCUUUGGCCGCAGCAGCUUCAGUCACACUUGUAUCUAGCAUGGCCGACCUGUUACCUGCAUCGGACUUCCUGACUAUCCACACGCCUCUCAUUGCUUCAACAAAAGGCAUGAUUGGUGCAGCAGAACUCGCGACCAUGAAGCCUACAUCCCGCAUUCUGAACGUGGCCAGAGGAGGCAUGAUUGACGAAGACGCCCUCGUAAAAGCCCUUGACGACGGUACGAUAGCUGGAGCGGGUAUCGAUGUCUUCACUUCUGAGCCACCCGAGGCAGACUCUUCGGCCUCAAGGCUGAUCGCACAUCCAAAAGUAGUUGCGACUCCCCACUUGGGCGCUUCAACGAAAGAGGCACAGGAGAACGUAUCGAUAGAUGUGUGCGAGCAAGUCAUCCACAUUCUAGCCGGUCAGCUCCCAAGAAGUGCAGUCAACGCUCCGAUCAUCCUGCCCGAAGAAUUCCGCACCCUCCAACCAUUCGUCACCCUAGUCGAGAAAAUGGGUUCUCUCUACACACAGCACUUCAGUUCCUCCAAGAUCGUCGCUAAUCAGUACCGCACGACAUUCGAUCUCAUCUACGAGGGUGCUCUCGCAUCAAUAAACAACACAAAGCCCCUAUACGCCGCUCUCGUCAAAGGGCUUCUCGGCCCCAUCAGCUCCGCCAAUGACGUCAACGUCAACAUCGUGAAUGCCGAGCUCAUCACCAAGGAACGCGGCAUUCUGAUCAACGAGUCGCGCAGCAGAGAAGACCUCGAAGGAAAGGGCUACACCAGCUCCGUCACGCUACGUGCGCGCCUCACCCGCUCGACAUCGCAAGCACGCACCGGAUUCUCCGAACCGCCGGCUGUCGAACAGGUCAUCCAAGGCUUUGCAACCGGCGAGACGGUGUACAUCUCCCGCCUAGACCGAUUCACAGCGAAUUUCAUCCCACAAGGCACGCUGCUGUUCUGUCGCAACUACGACCAAGCCGGAAAGAUUGGUUUCGUGGGCAGUCACCUCGGCGCUAAUGGUGUGAAUAUCGAUUUCAUGAGUGUUGCACCCCUUGCUGAAGAUCUGUUGUCGCCAUCGGAGGGUCCCAAGGAGGCAUUGAUGAUUCUCGGCGUUAAUGGCCCGAUUACUGAGGAGAUUGUCAAGGGCCUGAUUGAUCCCAGGGGUGUGAUGGAAGCGCGCAUUGUGCAUCUUUGAGCAUGUUUCGAGAGACCAUAUUAUGGGUUUGCGAGCAAUAUGGAAACACAGUUCAUAUAUUAGGUCAUUCAAAACCACUAAGUUCAACAACGCUAGGACGGAGUCUGGCAGCUUCAACAUAAUACAGGCAAUAUAUGGGCGCUCGAGAAGUCAUCUUGAAUGAAUCAAACUGCCUCUUGUCUUUUGCACUAUGAUAAUUAUAAUAUUUGGGUCGAGUACUAAUCACACAGUAAGUCUAACACAUCAUUGCUUCAAAAAAUGCUUUGAUUCGGAUGGCAACGUCCUUUUUGUUUCUUCUGUAUUGAAGCAAAGAAGAAAGUCUAUGUAUUUCCAAGCUUGAGAAAACACAUUCCAGGCAGCAGCUACUCCAUCUCAAAAUAAUACCUACCCGC